UAACAAAGGACCAAUUUAAGAUUCCCCUGGACUUCGAGCUGUGUGUAGUAUUUAUGUAAAACUAGAAAACAGAGAAGGCAAUUACAGCAAAAAGGCCCACCAUGGCCUAUCUACGCUUCUUCCUCACCUCCCCUGUCUCAACUUUGAACCCUUUCUCUCAACUCCAAAACCUCCCACAUUUAUUCACAUUACUAUCUAAAACCUGAGCAGCUGAAAUACUAAUGCUUUGAAAAUGGCUUCCACAACUCAAUUCCUCUUCUCUCUCCCUCCUAAACCCCCUUAUUUACUAUCCUACUCCUCCCCUUCUAAACCCAGGUCUAUUAACAUCACCUGCUGCCUCUCCAUACAACAAGCAAGAAAUGAUCAAACCACUAGCAGCGGCAGCAACGCCCUGAACGGCCUCCGUGUGGCGUUUGCUGCUGGUGGUACUGGGGGACACAUCUACCCUGCUGUAGCUAUAGCAGAUGAGCUUACAAUCGUCAACCCAACCUCCGAAUUACUCUUCCUAGGCCGCCCUAACAGCAUGGAAAGCACAGCAAUUCCGUCAGCUCAUUUUGAGUUCAAAUCAAUACCGGCCGUCAAACUAGUCAGGCCUCUCUUCUCUCUCCGUAAUCUCCUCCUCCCGUACUUUCUGAUCAAAUCCAUCACCAAAUGCUUUACCCUUUUGUCAAAAUUUGAACCCCAUCUAGUGGUUGGAACUGGUGGGUAUGUUUCUUUUCCUGUCUGUUUAGCUGCUCUGCUGAAAGGGAUCAAGGUUGUGAUCCAAGAGCAGAACUCCGUUCCGGGUAUUGCUAAUAGGUUUCUCUCUUUGUUUGCUGAUUUGGUGUUUGUUGCAUUCAAUUCAACGGUUCAAAGUUUCCCAAGAAAAGAAAAAUGUGUUGUUUGUGGGAAUCCCGUGAGAUUGUCUUUGAAAAAUUCGGUUUCAAAGGCAUUGUCGAGGUUGCAUUUUUUUCCAUGGCUAGAAAAAAUGGAGGGUUCUUCAGAGGAGAUCAAAGUGAUUUUGGUUCUUGGAGGUUCUUUAGGAGCUAAUGCUGUUAACAUUGCCUUGUUGAAUGUGUACUCUCAGUUGCUGUUGGAACAUGAGAAUUGGUUUAUUAUAUGGCAAACAGGGGUGGAGUCGUUUAAUGAAAUGGAGAGCUUGGUUAGGAGCCACCCUCGACUGCUUUUGGCACCGUUUUUGCAUUCAAUGAAUAUGGCAUAUGCAGCAGCUGACCUUGUUGUUUCUCGAGCUGGUGCAAUGACUUGUUCUGAGAUCUUGGCUACUGGGAAACCUUCUAUAUUGGUACCAUCACCAAAUGUUGCAGAAGGGCAUCAACACAAAAAUGCUUUUCUAAUGGCAGAUGUAGCGGGUUCAAGGGUUAUAACUGAGGAUGAACUUGAUUCAACCACCCUUGGGUCAGCUAUAUCCGAAAUAUUAGGGGAUGAGAGAUUACUAGCAGAGAUGUCCCAGAGGGCUCUGAAUGCUGCAAAACCUGAUGCUUCUGCAGAGAUUGCAAAACACAUCCUUUCUUUAGUUAAGGAGAACAGCUAAGGGAAGUUUGAUGGAUAAUAAUUUUUCAUGUUUAACGAAGGUUGAUCUGAUGUUUGUUGUUCAUGGAGAUCAAUCAAUAAUUUCACAAAAUGCUUUGUUGUAAUGCAUAUUCAGGAGUGUGUGAGGAUCAUAGAAUUACUCUCUUUUGUUCGUCUUGCACGGAUCUUCACAAUGUAGAACAACUCUACUCAUUCUUGGUGGUUAGAUAAGAAAGAAACAAUUGACUGCGUAA